AUAUAGUCCGAUUACACAUAUAGAUUGAAAACUUCCUGUCAUUUCUCGGAACCGCCCUUACAAAGGACGCUGCUGCAGCUUCUGGCUUGGUUUCAGAAGACGAACAGUAAGUGAGAGCGUAGUUGAAGUAGCAACCAAGAACAUGAAUUCAGGACGUAAAUUGCACUUUUGGAUUCUCGUUUUCUUAUUCGUGUUCUCAAUAGAAGAAGCCAUUGAUGCAUAUCCUCAGUUCACUUGUGGAUCUCAUGGAAUAAAACAUGAUAUCAACCAAACAGGAGACCUACCUAAGGUGACUUGUCUGACUCCAAGCCAGACUGUAUACUUGGAUGUGAAUGUGCAAAUCGAGUGUGGGGUUAUCUCCAGUACUUAUGCUAACAUCACGUGGUUGCAUAAUGGAAAAUCACUCAGUGAGAAAAAGAAAAGCCUCGUGAAGAUUGACAGACUGUCCUGCGGUCAAACGCUGAAAAUAAAGUUUGCCGGGAGAGACGAUAGAGGACAAUACACAUGUGUAGCCACUAACAAGUUUGGAACUGUCAAUAAGACAUGCUCUCUUAAAGUCAGGGUUAAAAGUUACAAACCUCCUCCACAAGUGGAAUACGUGAAGAUCGAUGGUAACCGCCAAACAGCCUAUCUGCAUGGAACUGUUACAAUCAAAUGUAAAUUACUUCAUGUUGCGGCUGAUGCUUGGCUGUUUAACGGCGCAAGGGUCUCACAUGGUGGUCGUCACAAAAUGAUACGGGAAACCACUAUUGCCAAACAUGAAAGGCUGUUCGCCUUGAAAAUAAUUAACGUGACUGAAAAGGACGAGGGACGGUACACAUGUUUAGCAUUAAGAAGUGGCAUAUCCAAAACAAAAGAUCUUGUCCUCAAAACAGAGCCUUGUCCAAGCUGUCAUCACUGUCCUCCCGAAGGAAACCAAGCUUUUCCUAUCUGUUCGUCUCCGCCUCCAAUUCGUCUCUCAACAUCUGAUCACAACCAAGAUCCCAAAAAUAAAGAAAUCGUGAAAUACUUGAAGAUUGAUGGUAACCGCCAAACAGCUUAUCUGCAUGGAACUGUUACACUCAAAUGUAAAUUACAUCAUGUCGAGGGUGAGGCUUGGCUGUUUAACGGCACGAGGAUCUUACAUGAUGAUCGUCACAAAAUGAUACGGGAAACCACUAUUGGCAAACAUGGAGGGCUGUUCACCUUAAAAAUAAUUAACGUGACCGAAGAGGACGAGGGACUGUACACAUGUAUGGGAUACAGAGGUGGCAUAUACCAAACAAAAGAUCUUUUCCUCAAAACAGAGGAGUAUGAAACAAAGCAAGUGAAUGAAAGACCCAGCCCCAAUGGCAACAGAGGAUGUAGCUUCCACAAACCAGAUCCCAUGAGCAUAUUAUUGUUCGCGGUGUUAGCUUUUUCCUAUAGCAAACGCAAAUAACAUCGGUAGCGCACAUUUCAAUUAAGUUUCGGAAAACCAAAACUGAGCCAAUCAGAUUGUUGCACUCUGUAAUUGUCACCUUCGCACUCACAUAGGACGCACAACUAUGCAAUUAGCAUAAGCACGAGUACCGCACUUUGUAUAAAUUAUAAUGACUUCGUAAUGAAUAAAGGGUUUUGAAUAACAAGAUGAAGAGAAAGAACAUGGAGAGUGCUCAAAAAUCGCGGGAAAACGAGAGUGAUCGAGACGUGGUCGAUUUUCUUUCAUCUGAUUGGUAUGCAGAGCAAUGCGAAAUUUAUUUACCUCACAUAAAGCGUAAUAAGGCAAAAUCAAGAUUAGAUAUCUUAAAAUCGUUUAAACUGAUUUCCAAAAAAUUAAGAAAAGAGGUAAGAGAUCGAGGUGUCAGCCACGAUUCAAAAUGGCAACGUUCGUGUUCCACUUUCUAUAUUGGAAAGGUUCAGUUAUCCUAAAAAAUCACAAAACACGGUAAAUGUCAUAACUUCAUUUAAGAAUAAAAAGAGUAUGUUAUUCUAUGAAAUCUCAAUACGCUUGGAAUAUAAAAGGUUAGAGCGGAGAUAAAAUUAUUUGGUUUUAGAGAAACUUUUACACUUUCGUUUUUGUUUCGAGCUUGGAACAAAGACGAAUUCAAAUCUAAGUCCCCCAAAGGAGUCGAGCCCCCGACUUUUGGAUUUUACAGAGCUUAAACAUGACGAGCCUUAAAAACGCUUUCAU